CUUCUGGAGCCAUGCCCGCCGCCCGCGCCCGGCCCCUCCCCGCCGCUCGCGCGCCUCUCGGCCGGCUUCGCAGAGCCUCCUCCGCCCAGUGCUGCCAUGAAGGGCUGGGGACAGAAGCUGGAGCUGCUGACAGGACUGUUGCUCCAGGAAGUGACCAUGGCUAGCCUACAUGAGCAGCGGUUUACAGAGGAGAAACCUCUGCUCCGUGGACAAGAUGCUGAGAUGGAGAAUUCAGACACUUUCCUGCCUGCAGUGGACACUGACUGGAAGGAGCAUGACAUCGAGACACCCUACGGACUGCUGCACGUCGUCCUUCGGGGAUCUGCCAGAGGGAACCGCCCAGCCCUCCUGACUUACCAUGAUGUGGGGCUCAAUCACAAGCUCUGUUUCAACACUCUCUUCAACUCUGAGGAAAUGCAAGAGAUCACAAAGCACUUUAUGGUGUGCCAUGUGGAUGCACCUGGGCAGCAGUCUGGGGCCUCCCAGUUUCCCCAGGGGUAUCAGUACCCGUCCAUGGACCAGUUAGCUGCCAUGUUGCCCAGUGUGGUCCAACAUUUUGGGUUCAAGUAUGUGAUUGGAAUUGGAGUCGGAGCAGGUGCCUAUGUUCUUGCCAAAUUUGCACUGAUCUUCCCAGAUCUGGUGGAAGGCCUCGUUCUGAUCAAUGUUGACCCAAAUGGCAAAGGUUGGAUUGACUGGGCUGCCAGCAAGCUCUCUGGCCUGACCAGCACAUUAUCUGUGGUGCUGUCUCAUCUGUUCAGCCAGGAGGAGUUGGCCAAUAACAUGGAGCUGGUACAGAGCUGCCAGCAAAUUGCCAGCACGGUGAACCAGUUCAACCUGCAGCUCUUCUGGACUAUGUACAACAGCCGCAGAGAUCUGGAGAUGAACCGCCCUGGCAGUGCGCCCAAUGCCAAGACGCUCCGCUGCCCGGUGAUGCUGGCUGGUAGCGACAACGCCCCUGCAGAAGAUGGUGUGGUUGAAUGCAACUCCAAGCUGGACCCAACUACCACCACUUUCCUGAAGAUGGCUGAUUCCGGAGGGCUUCCCCAAGUGACUCAGCCUGGGAAACUGACUGAGGCGUUCAAGUACUUCCUGCAAGGAAUGGGCUACGUGGCGUACCUGAAGGACCGGCGGCUGAGUGGAGGAUCAGUGCCCUCAGCCAGCAUGACGCGCUUGGCCCGCUCACGCACAGCCUCCCUCUCCAGUGCCAGUUCGGUGGAUGGCAGCCGUCCCAGAGCCUGCACCCACUCCGAAAGCAGUGAAGCUAUGGGCCAGAUCAACCACACCAUGGAGGUGUCCUGCUGAGAAUCCCCAAUGCCUUCCUUUGGCCACCAUCUUUGUUUGGAGAGCUGUGGCCAUCCACCAUUGCAUCACUCGUCAGCUGCUGUUUAUGCCGCUUCUUGUGGCUUCCCCUUGUCUGCCCAUCUCUUCCAAUGCCAUUACAAAGUUGAAGCAGGAAGUAGCAGCUUCCUAUCUAAGGCUGCCUUCCUGUUUGUUAGAGAUGUCAUUUUAGAGUAGCCGUGUUCCCUUGCUCCAAUCUGUCCUUCACAAGCAGUCCAUUGGUUCCUGUAGCAACAGAACUGGCCUGUUUCCCCCAGAGCCUGGAGGCAAGGAGGGCACAGCUUGGGAUUGAUUGGCCUGAGGGUAUUUCCCCAUUGGAGCUUCUCUGCUUGAUGUGCUCAGCAUUUCCCCAGCAAGUCUCUGCUCCUGGCCAUUGGUGGGAUGGAAAAUGGCAGAGUUCAAGGCUAGUCUAGCCUUGUAUUUGGAAGGUGAUCUAUAGCUCAAGUGAUGAGCCAGCUGCAGCUCUGGCAGACGCUUGAACUGCAGUUGAUUCUAGCUGCUGGGUGCAGUCAUGAAGGACAAGAACUGGGACAAGGCACAAGGCUUGGGAGCCGUAGGGGCUUGUGUGGAAAGGGACUGCCUGGAUAACAGAGAGGCAGCCCCUGAUGGAGGCCUUGCUUGAGGGGCUCACAGUGGGAGCAGCAGGAGCCUCUGCUCACAGGGAAGAUCAGAUCUGUUCCAAGAAUUCUUUGAAGCCACUUGAUCGUCUUCAAUAGCCGGGUUCCCGCUCAGGGGAUCCACCUCCUAGCAGCCUUCCUGCCCACCCCCCAGCGGUGGGGAGGAGUGCUGACCGGGGCGGAUCAGCAGCGUCGGCACCUCCACCGAGGCGCUUAGAUUAGAGCAGGUGGGCAUCGGAGCACCACAGCUACGCAGGCAGGAACCUUCCCGCACUUCUUGCACCUCCCCCUUCACGAGGCUAGGACAUGGGACUAAGGGAAUAAAGACAGGCCGGGGGGAAGAUGGCAGGAGCCCCAGACAGGAAGGUCGGAAGCUCUUUAUCAUUCAAAGCGGCUGCUAGUCAGGCCGAUUCCCACGCGGCGGGGGAUAAAGAGGACUCGGCCCCCUCCGGAGGGACCGCCUGGUUCAUUUUGCGUGGAGCAGGGAGUCCCCGCGGAGAGUCUGGCUGGGCGGCCCCUUCGAGCCCCGGGCACCCGACUCUCCGCUACCCUGCGGCCUCGGGUUGAAAGGCAUCCAGCCUCCGGCCUGGAACUGGCAGCCUCGAAACAGCUUCCCGGGACGGGAGGGCCGCCCCUUCCUGUUGGUGGGCGGGGCCUGCUGUCCGGGGAAGGCCUGUGGGGCGGGUGGUGGUGGUCCGAAGGGGGAGGGUCUCUCCCGGGGCACGUCGCGUCACCGUGAUCGCGAGCAUCUUCCUUUGUCUCGUUCCGGCUCCAGGGCGGAAACCGACCGAAUUGUCAUGUUUUGCAGCGCAUUGUAGACUUGGAACCCAUUAAACAACCGCAUCUUUAUUUCA